AUGUCGUUGUCGCCGCUCCUCACACUCUGCGUGGCCCUGUGGAUGCCGCCCGUGCGUGUCGGCCGACCCAGCCCGCUCGCCAUCGAGGAGGACGCUCUCCGCGCUGCAGCCGCACCGCUCUCGAAGUACAAUGGCAGCACCGACCUGGACGCGCCGCGCCUCCCGAGAGGCUGGCACGUCAACCGCGCCGAAACGGUCAUUGGGCAUGGCCGGCCGGCGUAUGAGCGCGCCGCCAACGCACUGCAGCGACUCGAGCUCCUGGAGCACACGUGGCUCACCGCGCGCUGUGUCUGUGCGACAGACCGGGAGCUGCUGGCGGUGUGCUCUCGGCAGUGGGGCUGCGUCUGGCUCACAAACACGAACCUCGUGCUUCGACGCGAGUGCGGCGCGCGGCGGUCCAGCGUGUCCUGGGGAACGACGCGGCGGCAUGUCCUCGCCGGCGAGGAGACUGUCUGCGUGACACACGACGCCAGCACCGACGGCGUGCGCUUUACCGUGCUCUCCUUCUCGCGGCCGCGCCACCUCUUCUCGGCCGUGGCGUACCCGUACGUGCUCGCGCAGCAGCGGAGGUUCGCUCGCGAUGCGACCGCGGCCAUGGAACGCGCGUGUGGGAAUUCCCAGCCAGCGGGAUGA